AUGAACAUGAACCUAUACUUAAAUAUUAGAAAGAAUACAAAAAAAUCAACUAUUGAUCUCGUAAGCAAGCAACCAAAUCUGCCCAGACUCCAUCCUUAAAUAUCUUCAUCUUCUCUCAAAAAACAAAAAGGCUCACCAAAACCUAUGUUAUAAUUAAGGUCAUGAGGAGUUACGUUGUCGGUAUUUUUGCCUUAUUAAUUGUGCUGGUGGUCAUAUUGUGCCUCACUUGUCGCUAUUGUAGACGGAAAAGACGAAAAGAUAUGUUAUUGAUCAAACGACUAAAAGAUGAAGCUGAGCAGGCCAAGAAGAAGAAUAAGAAAACAAUGAAGAAAGAGGAGAAGAAGAAGAAAAAAGAGGAAACAAAGAACAAGAAGAAAAAAGGCGAGGAAAUGAAAUUGACAACUAAGAAGUCGGAGAUGGAUAGUGCUAAUAGUAGGGAAGAGGAGGAGAAAAAACGUGACAUUGAGCUUGGGCUCGAAGAUAUUGUAGGAUGUAUCGACAACAAUACUAAUGUUGUUGAAGUAUUUAGUUUUGAGAUCAUUGUGGCCUCAACUAACAAUUUCUCGUCUGAGAGUAAGCUUGGUGAAGGCGGAUUUGGACCUGUUUAUAAGGGGAUACUACCGGGAGAAGGUAAGGAAGUGGCGGUGAAGCGACUCUCGAGUAAGUCCGGACAAGGAUUAGUAGAGUUCAAGAAUGAACUAAACUUAAUAGCCAAGCUCCAACAUGUGAACCUAGUGCAACUCUUAGGCUAUUGCAUUCAAGAUGGUGAAAGGAUGUUGGUUUAUGAAUAUAUGCCUAACAAGAGCUUGGAUUACUUUCUCUUUGAUUCAAGGAUGAAAGAGCUAUUGUCAUGGGAUAGGAGAUUGCACAUUAUAGAAGGAAUUGCACAAGGCUUACUUUACCUUCACAAAUACUCAAGAUUGAGAAUAAUUCAUAGGGAUUUGAAAGUUAGCAAUAUAUUGUUAGACGCGAAUAUGAAUCCUAAAAUUUCCGACUUUGGGAUGGCUAGAAUCAUGGAGCUAACCGAUGAUAUAGCAACAAAUACCAAGAGGGUUGUUGGAACCUAUGGUUAUAUGUCUCCAGAAUACGCGAUGGAAGGAAAAUUUUCUAUCAAGUCAGACGUUUUCAGCUUUGGAGUUGUAAUGCUUGAAAUUGUGAGCGGUCGUAGAAAUAACAGUUUCUAUUUCAGCGACGAGGCACUCAACUUAGUAGGAUAUGCGUGGACUUUGUGGAACAGGGGAGAUUGGUUAGAACUUGUUGAUUCGACAUUCUUUAAAACAAGUUAUUGCGAUGGAAAUGCAUUGAAAAGAUGCAUUCAUGUGGCUUUGUUGUGCGUAGAGGAGCGUGCCUCAGACAGGCCUACCAUGACCGAUGUCAUUUCCAUGUUAAGAAACAACAACCACGACUUGCCUACUCCAAAGAAGGCAGCGUUUUCCACUGGAUCCGAACAAGUUGAGCAAGUUUCGAAUUCAAACCAUUCAGUAAAUAAAAUAACAAUAUCUAUUCUCGAACCAAGAUAGGUUCUUAUAUGUUCUUACUAGAUAUAUACUAAGAGAUUUUUUAUAAAUAGAUUGUAAUAUGUACAAACUUUGAUUGAAAUACUGCUCUCUUGUUGAUGGGAAGAAAACCUAUUGAGAGACUCAAUUGAAUUGUC